AUGAGUGAUCUUGGCUCGAGUUAUUUUGUCGUCGUCAUGAGUAAAACUCAAAAGACCACCUUAACUCUUCGAAAUGGACAGAAUGAGUCUGAUCGAAACUCGUUGGAAAAACUUGGAAUUGGAAUGACAGCAGGGACUGUGGUUAAUUUAUUUCUUAUACUAAUCAUCGUGGUAGGAAAUGUUCUUGUCAUUGCAGCUUAUGUAAAAAAUCGCCGACUUCACACUGGUACCAAUGCACUUAUUGUGAGCCUUGCCUUCUCUGACCUCCUUGUAGGAAGUGCCUCCCUGCCAAUCCGAAUCUAUGGCUUGAUAAUGAACUGGAAAGUAAGUGUCAUUACCAUGGCAUUUUACGUCACUGUUGACAUCUUCAGCGCCCUUGUGUCAAACUUACACCUCAUGGCGAUAUCCUUUGAGCGUUUCGUAGCCGUUUCAAGACCGUUUUAUCACCAGACACUCUCCAUCAAACCGUAUGCGUUUGCGUCGACGUUGUCGUGGAUCUUAGGAAUUAUCGUCGCCUCGUCACAUCCUGGAAAUUAUUUGCGAAACAAAGACGAACAAGGGCUUAAAUUGAAGAUUCUCGAAGUAUACUCUGCACUAUUGUUUACCGUGUGCUUUUUGGGCCCGUUACUGAUAAUUAUUUUUGUAAACAUAGGAAUCUUCCGUGUUGCACGAGUUUUAAUCCAUUGUGCGCCAUCACGGAACGGGAGCUUCAAGCAACGAGUCCGUAAAGAGCGCAAGGCUGCAUUCACUCUGCUCGUAAUGACAGGAUUCUUCUUCGUUGCGUGGACGCCGUUCUUCGUUUUAAACAUGUUCUAUGUCUAUUGUGUUCAGUGUCUCCCUUCUUCGUCUAACGUCCAGUAUGUAAUGGUAGACGUUAUGAAGUGGCUACAUUAUUCAAAUAGUGCAAUCAACCCCGCCAUUUAUGCCUUUCGUGAUGCCGAAAUGCGCCGAACCUUCGUCAGACUUUUGGGUCCCCUUAGGAGACUUUGUAGAGGUGGUCGUGUCGAGCCGGAAUUUCCAAAUACACAAGAAGAAAAACGUCGAAACAUGACUGCUGGUGAGCGAAACAGAUCCUUGAUCAACAGCGGAACAGAAGCACUUAAUAUUUCACUUUCACCUGACGCGUUGGAUCCCAGAUCCGAAGUGGAUACCCUCGUCUUUGUUUUCUCUUCAGUUCUACUCGCACUUGCAAUCGUCAUCGGCAACUCGAUCGUUAUGGCUGCUUUCAUUCACAACAGAAAAUUGCGUAAGAGAAGCAAUGUAUUUCUGGUCAGCUUGGCUUGUUCCGACUGCAUCGUGGGUGUCAUCUCCUUACCGCUUUGGAUCUGCAUCUCAGGCUUCGGAAUCAGCAAUAGCGACGCCGUCUACGUGUUAUUCAUCAGCUUGGACAUUUUCAGCGCUUUGACAUCGGUGUUUCAUUUAACAGCUAUUAGCGUGGAGCGUUUCAUUUCUGUCUCAAGGCCAUUCUUAUAUCAACGACUUUCGUCGCAAGUAUACACCGUAACGAUUACAUCGGCAUGGCUAUUGGCAGCUCUCGUUGCUUCCUCAACUCCAUUGCAGAGUCUGUUUCAGCUUCAACGCUUUUACGCGCCGAGUUUUACAGCAGUGGGGCUUCUUGGUCCAUUAGUCAUUAUCAGCUCUAUGUACGCUGGGAUAUUCCGCAUCGCGCGAUCACUGAGCCGCCAUACACCUGGGACAGCUGGAACUUGUAGAAUAUCAUGACGGGAAAGGAGCCAUAUAAAGAGAGAAAUUAAAGUGGCGAUGACCCUAACAGUGGUGUCUGGAUUCUUCUUUCUGGCAUGGCUUCCAUUU